AUGGAUUCAGUGGGGCCAGGUGCCGCCUCCCCACAAGUACACUUCAUUCAGCAACCAAUUCCUCAACAGCCUGAGGUGACAAUUCUCCAGCAAAUGCCCUGGAUACCACCGGCUUUUCCUCCAUCUAACAGAAAGGACCAAAUCAGAGAAGACUUGAUGGAGCUGAUGAUGAUACAAAAUGCCCAAAUGUACCAGGUGAUAAUGAAUAACAUUGCCAUCUCAGCAGUGGGACAUUUUGGACACAACCCAGUACAGGCAUCCAAAUUCCUUUGGCAAAUAGAAGAUGAUGAAGAGAGUGACCCUGCACCUCGUGUAUUUCACCAUCAUUACACCCCUUAUCCAGGCACCCUUCCAUUCAUGGCAUGGCCAACCACAUUUCAGCCAUCAGCUUGGCAACGGCAACAACCAACCAUUCGCCACGUGGGUCCAGAACUCCAGGCACUUAGGAGACAAGAUGGUCCGGUUGUUCCUCCACCUCCACCACCAAGUGCAACUGGAACUGUGUCAGCUAACAUACCACCAGCUUCAGAAUACUAUGACUUCAGUGAGGGACAAAGGUGA